AACAUUCACUUAUGUCUGUCAGCUAUUUGUCAAACAAAAACAUCUCGAUAACACGAAAAAAAUAACUAUUUACAAUGAUAAAAUGGAGAUAUUAUUGAGAUUUGUGCCAACAAAUCCAUUAAGAUUAACCGUUUCUAGAAUUUUAGUUAACCAAGUAGCUCAUUACACUAGAUUGGCGGAAGUCGGAAAACUCGAAGCUCCGAAGACUUCUGGCAAAUAUGACACCGGGCAGUUAAUUCUACACAAGGUUUUCGGGUAUAGGGGAGUGAUUCUGUUCCCUUGGCUGGCGAGAGUGUAUGAUAGAGAUGCAUCUAAUAAGAAGGAGAACCCUGAGACCUCGGGCCCCGGAGAAGCCUCCGGGGACACGCUCUCUAACGUAGGCAAGGAGGUCAAGGGCAGAACUCACACCUUUUACCAGGUGCUGAUAGAUACUAGGGAUGCACCUUACAUACGAGCCCAAACGGAGGCGGUGACGUUCCUAGGCAACCAGGAGUCGUCCCGCAGCCUAUACGCCAUCCCGGGGCUGGACUACGUGGCGCACGACGACAUCAUGCCCUACUCGUCCGUGGAGCGCGUGCCGCUGCAGCACGAGCUGUUCGACAAGUUCCUCAUGCACAACCCCGACAAGGACCCACCCUUCAUAGCGCAGGAGACGCUCCGCGCGUGGCAGAAGAAGAACCACCCCUGGCUCGAGCUCAGCGACGUCCACCGCGAGACGACAGAGGGCGUGCGCGUCACCGUCAUACCGUUCUACAUGGGCAGCCGCGAGAGCCAGAACUGCGCUGUCUACUGGUGGCGGUACUGCAUCCGACUAGAGAACCUCGGCGCAGCGGCGGUACAACUGCGCGAGCGGCACUGGCGCAUCUUCUCCCUCUCGGGCACGCUGGAGACCGUGCGGGGCCGCGGCGUGGUCGGCCAGGAGCCCGUGCUGGCCCGCCACUCGCCCGCCUUCCAGUACUCCAGCCACGUGAGCCUGCAGGCGCCCUCGGGACACAUGUGGGGAACGUUUCGUAUGGAGCGCGAGGACGGCUACACGUUCGACUGCCGCAUCCCGCCAUUCUCCCUCGAGAGCAAACCCGACGAUGCGCCCGCGCCGCCCGCGCCCUCCGCGUGACGUCACACGCCUAUUUAGUUGGCGACGAGGAAACUCACGGGGCGGUCUUUAGUUGGCGACGAGGGAAGCAGAACUAAACGUUAUUUAGUUUUAUUA